ACAAUCUAGAGCAUUACGUAAAGGAUAGGACGUACGUUCGUACGACGUCAGUGGUAAAAGAGGAAAAUAUAUAUUUUGUUUCUCUUGACAUUACUUUGAUCGAAGCAACAGCUUAGUGAAUAUUAUUAUAGGAAGCCGGAGUCGGUAUUCAUAUAAUUUCGCUGUCUUUUUUUUGUGUAAGUCGCACUGCUUCGCUGCCAUGACAUCGCAUUCCUUUACGGUCCCCAUGAUCGUCUUCACUACGUUUUGGGGUCUAAUAGGGUUUGCAGCACCUUGGUUUGUACCCAAGGGUCCCAAUCGAGGGGUGGUGAUAACUAUGCUGGUCACUUCAGCCAUCUGCUGCUAUUUGUUCUGGCUUGUAGCAAUAUUGUCUCAGGUCAACCCUUUGUUUGGACCACAGCUGAAAAAUGAAACCAUCUGGUACUUGCGAUACCUUUGGGAGUAAGACAUUUUGGGCCAUUUAUAAGGUUGUCAUAGACCAGUGUUGUCUCUCCGUUUACAGUUAUUCUUUGGAGCAGUAGAACAUGAUGGUGCAAAUUCUUGACAUAAAGUCCUUCAACACCUUUAUCCAUGGAGCUGCAGUAUGCAUUACAGUUGAUUACAGCCUUUCCUGUAUCAGCAGUGGAUUCCACCAAACAUCUUUCAUGAAAAACCAAGGCAUAUUCAAUACAACUGAAAAAAAAGAGUGUACAGCACAGACAUUUGACCAGAAUAUAUAGAAAUUACCAUCUAGUGAUAUAGCUCUGGGUGUAGAGUAAUGCAGUAUCUGAUCAUUUACCCUACCAAGUGAAUUGAACAUUAUUAAACAGUUUGUAGUUAUAGCAUAUCAACUUUAAAUGCACAAACAUGGACAUAAAUUUAUCUUCAGUGUGAAGAGUGAUGAGAGAGGGAGAAUGGAACAAAAGUUGUUUUGGUGAUAUAAUCUGAGAAAAUGUUCACUUUGUUUCUGUUCUCUGAAACACUUGUUAUUUUCUUUGGAUGUUUUCUCUGUGCAUUAUGCCUUUGUUCUGGAGCACACCAUCUAGUUCAAAAGUAAACUUAUCUUUAGGGGAAAAAGACAGUUCUAGAAGGGAAGUAGAACUUCUGGCCAUAUCCUAAUCAAUUACUACACAGUCAGGUUCACACAGCACACUUCCUUUCUAAUUCUGCUUUGUUUUUUGCAUUAGAGCAAACUUGAGUCUGUGCUUUUGAAAAGCUGCAGCCUGUUAUCUUCAUGUUUCAAUUUAUAAACUUUGAAGUAAUUUCUGUUUUGCAACAGUUCAUCCCAAUGUCCUGACCAUGUGAGGUCACUUUCAGUAAGCUCAGAUUUUUUUCAAACUCUUUUAAAUUCUUGUUGUUAUUUUAAAAAGUAUUGUGUAUCUGAGUUUUGUCUACUUUCCAUCUCUCUGCUUGUAGUUAUGUUUCCUAUUUCAAGUGGUAGUAAAUGUGGGACUGUCAGCCUCAUCUCUGUGGUGCAGUCUGUUUUACCUAAGUUUGUUCAGUAAGACCAUUUCUGGAGAAGGAUUCUUGAAAAUAGAAGGUGUGGAUUGAGUGCCAUUGUCCACUCGCUCAUUCUGGGGUAUAAAAGAUGGUGGAGAGACUCCUGCUACAGUAAUGAUAUUCAGGUGCGCCCAGCACCUUGUUCAGAGAGUUUGAGAUAUGCUGUGCCUACCAAAGAGUGUAUACAUUCUGCACCUACAUAUUAGGCAUCACAUCACAUCUGCUGAUUAUCAGAGGGCGGGAGAAGUGGACUGUAGCAGAAAUCUGAAUUGACUGAAAAUAACAGCCAGCCUGCUAGUCCGUGAUGGACAUUCACAUUUUGCCACCUACACAAAGAAAGGUGUAUCUAACAAAUAUGUAUUCCUGCCCCCACCCCACUCCCACAUACACACACACCAGGAAGCGGGUGAACCACCCCAUGGUAGUGAAUGUAGAGUGUCAAGUGCUAAAACUAGGAUGGGUGGUUAAAACCAAAUAAUCAGUUGGAUGUUGAGAGGCUAGCUGGUUGGGUUGGAGAGGACAGACUCAAGUAUUGUAAUGCUGGAAAUGAAGUUAAUGGUUCUUGUGAUGCAUCAGUGUCUUUUUGAACCCCCAUUAUCACCAGGGAUCACCAUUGUGAUCAUUAGCUACCUUAAUUGCCCCCUGUAGGACCACACCUAUUUAAGGGAUCACUGCUGGUGCCAUUGAAUGAAAUUGUCAUUAGCCUGCAAGAAAUAUUUCACAACUUAUGCUUCUCACUGUUGGGAAUUUUGCUGUGUUCCACAGAGGUUCAUGCUUAUGUCUGAGACCGCUUUUGGAACCACAGAGUAAGGGCAAUAACUAUCCUUCUAUACUGGUCCUUGUCUAAUCUGGGAAAGGAUGACUGCUGAGGGUCUUUUUAGCAAGAACUUAAAUACAAGCUCAGUGGUGGAAGUACAUCUGAUUUGCUCCACACAUGAAUCAGUGGCUGACCAUUUUAUUUUAAACUGGUGGGUUUCAGAAGAGAAGACUGCAUGAAUGUGCAGCAGUAGCUUGCUGUUCCACUCACCAUUACUUUUUCCCCUUUUCCCCACAAGCCAUCCAUGUCCUUUACAACAAGGGCUGUCACUAAAAGUAAACUUUGUUAUCCUUUUAGUACUUCUAGCUUUUGGCAACAUCAGCACUAGAGCCUUUAUACAGAAGAGUUUUUUUUCUUGUUUUACAGCUCCUGCUCAGCCCUGCACACCAAGAGUCUUUAGUUUUUGAACACUUAGUAGUAGCUCAUUUACUGCUAGGCUGACACCAGUUCCUCUAAUUCAUUGGAAACGGCCUGAUCAGAGGUACAGAGAUGUAUACUUUUCGACCCUUUGAUAGAAAACGGACUAGUUGCUGACUGGUAUAUAUGGCUGAGUUUGCAUUAUCAGUAUUGGUGUGCUCAUUUAUUUUAUUUUAAUUAUCCCCAGGAACACUAACAUGUGGCGGGAACAAACCAUCUCCUUGUUGCACAGGGAUAGAGAUCUGCCUGCAUUCUCAAUGAUGCAGAUCUGAGUAUUGCACCUAGGUUGUAAAAUAGGAAGGUGAGGAGGGAUGGAACCUGUUUACCCAUCCAAGGGAGGAGACAGUAGGUAUUGUUUUACGAAAUGAGUGAGCUGAGGGGAUCAAGCGGGGAAACAGCAUAGCAUUUUUUUUCCUUGAAAAGACCAACAUUCAGAUGUUUGCAUCUCCUGAAAUUAUGGACCUAUAAUGGAAUGGAAACUUUCUAGUUCACUGCUUCUUUGUGGUAAACAAUUUGUCAAGAAUUUGAUGCACAUUCAUUUUAUUUAUGUAUGUGAUAUAUAUAUAUAUAUAUAUAUAUAUAUAUAUAUAUAUAUAUAUAUAUAUUGUGACUAACACUGAUAUUUAUUUCUGUAUGAUGUCAUUUGAUCUCGCUUAUGUAUGUAUUUAUUGGUUAUAAUUAACUGUUCUAUUUUAUUUAUUGUCACUUCUAAUCCAGAACCCAGUUUAUGACUUUAAAAAGGAACAUUGGGUUUAUUUCAUUUGCCUAGAUACUACAGUAAAUGAAUAAUCAGCUUAUUUAAGGAAAAAGAAAGUAUAGAGAUGUAAUAUAAAGGUUACAAAAAAGAAAUUGCACAGGCAUUCAGGCUAUGGUUUACUACAGGAAAAUAAUUCAGAAGCUUGAAAAAAACAUCCAUUUUAACUGUUCUGUUGGUAAGUUAAAAGGUUGCAGUUUUGUUUAUAUGUCUUAAUUCUAGAAUUGUGUUGAUAGUAACAUGCAGUAUUUUAUGUUUUACUUACUGUCAAGUGGCACAUUCAGUUGUGUCAUAUUUUAAGAAUUCCAGAUCUGACUAUAAUAGAAUAGCUGUUUAAUUUGAAGUAUCAGAAUAUUUAGUAACACAAAUGAGUACCACAUCUAGUUUUCUAGAUAAAUCUAAAAAUGCGUAGUAUUGUUUGCCAUAGAAGAAGAAACAUUGGUCCUUUUUUAAUGGGAUCUUAUUUGACAUUCUUUGCUGUGACUGUUUGCUUCACAUAAUUGUAUUUGUGUUUAUUAUCAUGAAUAUGUAUUAUUUUUAUGUAUGAUACAAGUAAUGUGGUGUAUCUUGAAUGAGGGCUUUGUAGCCCAUGGACUGAUUAAAUAAAAUAUUAUUAUGAUGGAGGAAUA